CAAACUGCGGCGCGCAGGGCGAUGCCGGAGUCCGGGCGGGGUGGGGCCGGCGGGAGGAGGCGGAGCCCGCCCCAGCCGAGGCGAUAAAACGGGACUGGACGACCCUAGCUGGCGUACCCGCGCAGAAGCGGACGACGGGGGCUGGAAGAACCUGUAGCCGGUCACAAUGGGAAGCAAAGGAGGGUUCGCCUUGCUCGGGCUCCUGUUCAGCCUGGCUGUCGUCUGCCAUGUAGGUCACAGCCUGGAGUGCUACAGCUGUAUUAACCCAGCUAAUGGCUGCACUACCACCGUCAAUUGUUCACGUAAUCAAGAUACUUGUCUCAUUGUUAAAGCCGUGCCAAUGAAAACUUACUACCAGUGUUGGAUGUUUGACCAUUGCAAUUUCGAAGCCAUUGCGAAAGCCUUAGAGGAGAAGGAGCUUAAGUACCACUGCUGCAAGGAGAACCUGUGUAACAAAAGUGACGGGACGAGUAUAUCAGGGAAAACAGCUCUGCUGGUCAUCCUGCUGCUGGUGGCGGUCUGGAGCUUUUGUCUCUAAAUCUACACCAGAAGGGCUUCUCCUAAAUCUCCUGUUUCUGUAUACUCCUCAUUUCCUGUGCUGCUGCGUUCCAAAGGCUUUAUAUUUUCCAGCUGGAUCCUGUUGGGAAAGACUAAAACUAGCUUGAGCAAGUUAGAUUAGAGAGAGGAACUCAGAGGGACUCUGAAGACCAGUUCUGUUGGCAGAGAAGACCUGUUUGAGGGAAAAAGUUUGAGUGAAGUGCAUGUGAUUUGAGUAAAGUUGUAUGCUUCUUACUCUGCUCUUUGCAGUGACAGCUUGAGUAGAUUCUCUGCAGUCCUCAGCUAUUUCCCUCUGGUUCCUUGGAUGUAGUUAAUGUGAUCAGUACUUUUUUGGGUGACUGGGACAGGGGGCUCCUUUUCAACAGUCUCUCACAAGGCAUGCAUUAUUCUCGCCUUUCAUGGUCCCUGUAUUGCCAGGUAGGCAUGGUGCAUGUUCCAGGUGUGGGCUGUGGACAAUGAGAUUCUUAAUGACUGUUGUAUUCUCAGCUAGAAGGUGACUGGCUGGGAAGGAGGUAAGCUUUCCAGAUGGCAGGGCACGGAAGCACAAGGUUUAUCUUUAGAGAGGUACCAGAGGCUGAAAUCUGUGUUUUCUUCUGUCCCUAAAUUUUGUAUUGUCUUUGCUGUCUUUCAGUAGAAAAACGCAGUAACAUAAAUUAAUGGUGUGUUAAAACUAUCCCUCCCACUCCCCGUCUUUUUUAAUGGAAUGGUAGGCUGUCUUAGCUUUGUCACACACAGUUAAAAACUAAACAUUUGAAUAUUCUAUGUUACUUGUGACUUGCAGUUAUUAAGGGUGCUUAUUUUAAAUGUUACUGGUAGGAAAACUCUUCAUAUGUGUGUGUAUAAUACAUGAAUGGAAAAGGAGGAGCCUUUGGGGUUGCGAUUUGAGAUUUCCAAAUGUCAUCAUGAAUAGUAACAGGUCUGCAGGGAUGUGUUUUACCUGCCGACAUCCAGCCUGUUGGCUCCUAGCUGAGUCAGCACAGAUAGUGUAAAAUACAUCUGUAAGGGCAGUUAGCGUAAUCACAAAUGCUGAGGCUUUCAGAAGCGCUACCGGUUUCCUAAAAAGUGAUACACCUUUUCAGGAGGACAAAGUUUUGCCUCUUUCUUGUGGGUACUGGUGAAUAAUUUAAGAUCCAGUAGACAGUGACAUUUGUAUGCUUACAGUCUUGGCUCUAUUUAACAGCAUAGUCUGACUUUUGCCGACGCGAGUGGAAUUUAUUGAUUAACAUUUAAAAAAAAAACAAAAAAAAACCUUGAUUAUGUGAUCUGUUGGACAAACCAGAAUGAAUACUGCCUUUCUGAAAAUAAAAUCUCAUCAAAUGCA